CGCAGGAAGCACUGAAGCAGAUCAUGAGAUGCUUACGCUACGCAGCAUUCAUUAAUCGGAGAGAGAAAAGAAGAAAAGAGCUUCAUCACAACGCGGUUGUUUCGUUCUUUUGACGCGCAUCUCUCUGAUUCGUCUCCAUCCUAUAUAAUCUCUCAUUUUCUGCAUCCCAAGUCCUAACUAGAAAAAAGGAAGACGGUUGCUCUGCAGAAAUUUUUCCACAAUCAAGCUCUGGUACGAACUACGAACUCCUCCAUCGAUGAAGAUUUCUACGGUUCUCUAUGCUUUUUGCUCCCUCUCAUUUCCUCUCGGUUUAUUGAUUGUUGCCAUGUUUAGCUUCUCCGAUGUUCCGAUUUCCCGCUGAUGCUUUUGUUCCAAUUGAUCUUUUCUGGGUUCCAUUGAAUACGAUGUGCGUCACAGUUUAAAACUUUCAUCGAAUUUGACCGAUCAAUCGGUGUGUAAUUGGUGGGGAUCUUGCAUGUGUCUUUGUGGGGUUUGGUUUUUUGGUGGCAAAUAGGGAUUUUGUCUUCCUUUAAAAAGAAGAACACUUUGAUCGAUCCUCUUUUGCUUCUAGCUAGUCAAGGUUUUCAUUUCACCCAUCUGGGUUCCAUCUAUGGACAUAGUAUUUUUUUUCUUUUUCUUUUUCUUUCUGUGGUUGGAAAUGGAAUCGUUUUGCCUGAAUCUGAUGGAAUUCGGUCUUCUGUUCUAGCUUUUGAAUUGAAGUUGGUCCUGAAGCAAUGGGAGGCGGCAACGGCAAUGAUCACGACUCUACCGAUAAGGGCCUGUUUUCGCACCUAGGUGCAUUCGCAGCUGGCUCGCAUUACCCUCACCAUGGAGGAGGGUAUCCUCCACAAGGGUACCCACCACAGGGGUACCCUCAGUACCCUCCUCCACAUGGCUAUCCGCAGCCACCCCACGGAGGAUAUCCUCCCCAUGGAGGGUACCCUCCCGCAGGCUAUCCUCCCCCCGGCGGAUACCCUCCUCCUCACGGUGGCUAUCCUUCGCACGGAGGACAUGGUGGUUACCCUCCUGCUGGUUAUCCUGGUCACUCCAGUCAUUCCGGGCAUGGGGGCGGAAUGGGUGGGCUGUUAGCAGGAGGAGCGGCGGCUGCAGCUGCUGCAUAUGGGGCUCAUCACAUAGCUCAUAGCUCUCAUGGAUAUGGAGGGUAUGGUCAUGGAUAUGGCGGGUUUGGUCGUCAUGGGAAGUUCAAGCAUGGCAAGUUCAAGCACGGGAAGUUUGGCAAGCAUGGGAUGUUUGGAAAGCACAAGGGUGGGAAGCACUUCAAGAGAUGGAAGUAAAAAGAAUUUCAUAUAAUACCUGCCCCCACAUUAAGAAUUCAGACGAUUUCGUUUCACCUGUCAUUACUGAUCAGUGUGGCUUUUAUAGUUAUAUCUGACUGCCUUAAGAUUCAUGGUCUGUAACUUUCUUAUCAUGUCUUCGCGGGGUUUGUGCUUGUGAUUUUAGCCUGCCGUUUGUAUCAAAGAUUCUGAAAUGCUUGGGUUUGUAUGCAGGGUGUGUAAGAACGUGUUGUUCCCUGGCUCACUAAAUAAGAUCUUGUUAAAUUCAGUUGCUUUCUUUUCGUCUUGUGGAUAGGUUUAGAGAGAGACCUAGUGCACAGGAUUAUACGAACAUCAUUCAGCAGCCUGAAAGCAGCUGUUGACACUGUUUCGUAACCUGAAAGCAGGUGUCUUCAUAUCCUGACAGAAAUUUCUCUCCUUUAAGCCUUUUCUUCGUCAACAAUUCCCAUUAUUAGUGAAUUUACUAAAAAUGGAAUCAUCUCUCUGGGAAUGAAUUGGCGUACGCAAC